AUGAACGUUGCGGAGGAGGAGGUGAGCAUGGAGGGGUUGGAGAAGGGCGGCGCUAGCGGCGGUGUUCGCGAUGGCGAGGUGAGGACGGCGGCGGCGGUGAGCCUGGAGACGCUGCGGAAGCGGAUGGCGGACUUCGCGACGGAGCGGGACUGGGAGCAGUUCCACUCCCCCAGGAACCUCCUUCUCGCCCUGGUAGGGGAGGUGGGGGAGCUGUCAGAGAUAUUCCAAUGGAAAGGGGAGGUGCCCAAGGGGCUGCCAGGCUGGGACGAUGUCGAGAAGGAGCACUUGGGUGAGGAACUCGCCGAUGUGCUCCUCUAUCUGGUGCGGCUGUCGGACAUGUGUGGCGUCGACCUCGGCAAGGCUGCCCUGCGCAAGAUGGAGAUCAAUGCCCGCAAAUACCCAGUUGGGCAGUGCAAGGGUUCAUCCAAGAAGCACACUCACUACGGUUCCACUAACAAUGUUAGCGACAGCGACAAUGCUAACACCGCGAACAAGGAGAAUAACAGUGGCAUCUAA